AUGGAGCCAAUGCAGCUCGUAACUCUGGCAACGUUGUGGUCUGAAAACAGCAGCACAUCCCAGCCGUUCAAUCCAUCAGAAUCUCCAGACUCCACUGAAUGGACUAUGAUCCAGACCAUCAUUCCCCCAUACGUCUUCACUUUAUCUCUGCUGGGCCUUCUCUUCAACAGCUUUGUUCUGGGUGUGUUUGUAGCCCACAAGGAUCGACUGACCAUAGCAGAGAUCUACCUGAGCAACCUGGCACUCGCUGACUUCAUUCUUUUGUGUGGCCUCCCUUUCUGGGCAAUGAACAUCCUCAAUGAGUUUAACUGGCCUUAUGGAGACGCCUUGUGCAAAAUUGUCAACUCCAUCAUCAUCAUCAAUUUCUACACCAGCAUCUACACCCUGGUGAUGAUUAGCAUCGACCGUUACUUAGCGCUUGUAAAGACCAUGAAGGCCAGGUGGCUGAGACGGACACGUUACGCCAAGGUGAUGUGCAUCAUGCUGUGGAUAUUGGGGUUGUUGCUGAGCAUGCCAACCAUGGUUCACAGAAAGGUCAUGUUCAUUGAGGAGCACGGUGUAACGGCCUGUAUACUGGAUUACACUAAUGACAGUUCUUGGAAGCUGGCCCAUCAGAUUCUGAUGAACUUGGCGGGCUUUGUGUUCCCUGUUCUGGUCAUUGUUUUCAGCAGUGGGAAUAUAAUCAAAGCUUUAGCUCAGAGAACUGAGAGCUUAGGUUUUCAUGACACGAAUGACACAAAGGCCACUGUUCUGGUGUAUGCUGUCACACUACUAUUUUUAUUUUGUUGGAGUCCCUUCCAAGUAUUUACCCUCCUGGAUAUACUCUGUGAUGUUAAAGUGCUGGAUGAGACGGAGUGGUCUCACACUCUGGACAUAGGAGGACAGGUCUCAGUGUAUCUGGCCUUUCUCAACAGCACCCUCAACCCUUUGCUGUACGUCUUCUCUGGACAGUACUUUAGGAAGAAAGUUAGCGCCAUCUACAGAAGGACCAGAUAUCAACGCAGAGGAUCAGACAUGACCACUUAUCAGCGUUCUUUUGUGUCCACUUAUAUCAACAGAACAGAACAAAUUAAGCCUGUGGUCAUUUUUUAA